UUUCCAUUUCUAUGCUUCUCUUUUACUGUUUGUGCUCUCACCCCAUUGUUUGCGACCUAGGGCAUCAUCACCUACCACUGAUAACUCCUUUUCUUCUUAUUUUUCUCCUCCGUGUCCCUUAUUUCUUUUGCGAAGGGCCCUCAAAUCACAGAGAGAGAUCUUUUAGGGUUAGGGUUUUGGAAUCAGGGGAGGGGAUUGUUUGAGUUUGGAUUCAGGAAACCAAACCAGUUGGCCCACAUUCUGGUUUCUUUGGCAGCUGCCCCCAAACCACCUGGUCCAAGUGGGUUUCUUGGAAAUGGGGGCUUUUUCAUGGUUUGUUGGCUAUGGGAUGGGUUCAAAUUAGGCUGGGGGGCUUUGAUCUCUCAUAGGUUUGGGUUUGGUUUUUUAUGGGCUGGGAGUGAAGGGGUUGUGAUAAGAGGGUGAAUGCAACACUCUGGAGGUGUUACAGUGGAGAUCUGGGUUGCUGGGCCUCAAGUAAAUCAGGAUGUCGCUUAAUUCCCAAUUGUCCCAAAAGACGUCUAUUUUCAGUCUCAAGCUAUGGGUUGUGAUUGGGAUAGCGCUUGGUAUCUUCAUUGUUUUGAUUCUUUUGCUCUUAUCCUUAUGGCUUACUGCUCGGAGAAAAUCAAAAAGAGCAGUUGAGAAGCUCCCCAUUACCCAAAUUCCAAAAGUCUCAAAAGAGAUUAAAGAGGUGAGAGUGGAAUCCCGGGAUUAUACUCACCGUGAUGGGGUUCUCCUCACCGUUAAUGACAAAUCAAGCGAUAAAGAAUCAGACAAGGUUAUGAUGCAUUUAGGUAUGGGAAAAUUCGAUAAUGCAGAUAUAAACAGCCGAUCAGGUUCAUUUAAUCAUACUGAGAAAGGUGCUGGAUCACAGUCAGGAGAUGAGGGUGGUUCAGCCACCGUUUACAAGCCUUCCUCUUCACAUCCAUUAAAUGUCGCUUCUCCAUUGACUGGUUUGCCUGAGUUUUCUCAUCUUGGUUGGGGUCAUUGGUUCACUUUGAGAGACCUCGAGCUUGCUACUGGUCGGUUCUCAAAGGAUAAUGUUCUUGGGGAAGGUGGAUAUGGGGUUGUUUACAGAGGUCAGCUUAUCAAUGGAACACCUGUGGCAGUCAAGAAAAUCCUUAACAAUUUAGGCCAGGCAGAGAAAGAAUUCAGAGUGGAAGUUGAGGCCAUUGGUCAUGUGCGUCACAAAAACUUAGUGCGCCUUCUUGGCUAUUGCGUUGAAGGAACUCAUAGGAUGCUGGUAUAUGAAUAUGUCAAUAAUGGGAAUUUAGAGCAAUGGCUCCAUGGGGCUAUGCGCCAACAAGGGUUUCUUACUUGGGAAGCUCGCAUGAAGGUCAUCCUUGGUACUGCAAAGGCUCUUGCAUACUUGCACGAGGCUAUCGAGCCAAAGGUUGUUCACAGGGAUAUUAAAUCAAGCAAUAUUUUAAUAGAUGAGGAAUUCAAUGCCAAGGUAUCUGAUUUUGGGUUGGCGAAACUUCUUGGUGCUGGAAAGAGUCAUAUUACAACCAGGGUCAUGGGCACCUUUGGUUAUGUGGCUCCAGAAUAUGCAAAUACAGGGUUGUUGAAUGAGAAGAGUGACAUUUACAGCUUUGGUGUUGUUUUGUUAGAGGCAAUUACUGGCAGGGAUCCUGUUGAUUACGGUCGUCCUGCUAAUGAGGUAAAUCUUGUGGAUUGGCUGAAAAUGAUGGUUGGAAGUAGGCGCUCGGAAGAAGUGGUGGACCCCAACAUGGAAACCCGACCAUCAACACGAGCACUCAAGCGAGCCCUCUUGGUUGCCCUACGAUGUGUGGAUCCAGAAUCCGACAAGAGACCCAAGAUGACGCAAGUCGUACGCAUGCUUGAGGCUGAGGAAUUCCCUCUUCGUGAGGUUUGGUCUCUCAUCAUAUUUGUUUUCUGCAUCUCUUGUUCUCUAUUUAACUUUUCAGUUGUCAUGUGUUUGUGACAACGCUUAGUUGCUCUUAUUCUAAAAAAAACU